CUGGGAGGCACCAGCCUUUGAGCGACAGGUUUGGUGCCACUUGUGGUGCCGCUUUUUGUGAGGCAGGUGCACAGGUUGUGAUGAGGAAAGAACAGGUUGGUUGACUCCUGGGCUGAUUUAAAUCGGGUAUCGUGUGGUUAGAGACAUUUGGCUUUGGAGUUGGAUUUGAGUCCUGCUCACAGCUUCUUUAUUAAAUCCUUGGACACAUCUGUUUGCCUUGCAGCCUGUUUUCUCAUCUGUAAGAGAUUUUCUUUGCUUCCCCUUCACUCAAAUGCAAGGUCAGUGAAGGCAGGAUUCACCUGCACCUCAUUUUUUUUUCUUCAAUCCCCAGGAUCUAGUCCAUAGGAGAUCCUCAAAAUUAUGAAUGAAUCAAUGAGAGGAAGUAACUGUUACCUGGGAGAGACCUGACCAACACUACCUUAUCCAGGCAGACCGUCUGAGCCACCAGGGAAGCCCAUGUAAAACUGUUUCCCAAAAGCAAGUUUUACUAAAAAGAGGAAAAGGAAAAAAAAAUUGGCCCCUCCAACUACCCCAGCGCCCAAAGCAAGAAAGGGCUUUGCCCUUCACAAAGAUGGCGGCCGCCGGCGUCGGAGGCGAUCCGCCCCUUUGAAGAAUGGGGGCGCCGGCGGGAGGAACCGGAAGCGCGGUCUGGUGGCGGCGCCGGUCGGCGGUAGGCGCGAGAACGCGCAGGGCGGCGCGGGUCCCGGCAUGAAGCUGGGGCGGGCCGCGCUGGGCCUGCUGCUGCUGGCGCCGUUGGCGGUGCGGGCAGUGGAGCCCAUCAGUCUGGGAUUGGCCCUGGCCGGCGUCCUCACCGGCUACAUCUCCUACCCGCGCCUCUAUUGCCUGUUCGCCGAGUGCUGCAGCCCGAAGCGGAGCCUCAGCCGGGAAGCGCUGCAGAAGGAUCUCGACAGCAAGCUCUUUGGACAGCAUCUUGCAAAGAAAGUCAUCUUAAAUGCUUUGUCCGGCUUCAUCAGCAACCCGAAGCCCAAGAAACCUCUCACCCUCUCCCUGCACGGGUGGACAGGCACUGGCAAAAAUUUUGUCAGCAAAAUCAUCGCGGAGAAUAUCUACGAGGGUGGUCUGAACAGUGACUAUGUCCACCUGUUUGUGGCCACGCUGCACUUCCCACACAUCUCGAACAUCACCCUGUAUAAGGAUCAGUUACAGUCAUGGAUUCGCGGCAACGUGAGUGCCUGUGCGAGGUCCAUCUUCAUAUUUGAUGAAAUGGACAAGAUGCACGCCGGCCUCAUAGACGCCAUCAAGCCUUACCUAGACUAUUACGACAACCUGGAUGGGGUCUCCUAUCAGAAAGCCAUCUUCAUAUUUCUCAGCAAUGCUGGAGCAGAAAGGAUCACAGAUGUGGCUUUAGAUUUCUGGAGAAGUGGAAAGCAGAGGGAAGAAAUCAAGCUCAAAGACAUGGAGCAUGCCUUGUCUGUGUCGGCCUUCAAUAACAAGAACAGUGGCUUCUGGCACAGCAGCUUAAUUGACCGAAACCUCAUCGAUUAUUUUGUUCCCUUCCUCCCGCUGGAAUAUAAACACCUGAAGAUGUGCAUCAGAGUCGAAAUGCAGUCCCGAGGCUACGAGGUGGACGAGGACAUUGUGAGCAGGGUGGCCGAGGAAAUGACAUUUUUCCCCAAAGAGGAGAGAGUUUUCUCCGACAAAGGCUGUAAAACCGUGUUCACCAAGUUAGAUUACUACUACGAUGACUGAUGGCGCCAGAGCGGCUGCUUCCCGCGUCCUCGCUCCGGUCCUGGACGAGGAGUGAAAUGAAUUCUUCCUGUGUGACAGGACAGGCGCUUGCCCGGGCAUUACUUUUUCAUCCAGCAGAACCUGCAGGCUGUCGGUGACGGAUGCAGACGGGGAGCAGCCCCCAGGGCCUGCAGAGGAGGGGAGGAGCCAGCUCCCAGCCCAGCCAAGCCAGGGCUCAUGAAUUUUUUUUUAAAUCAUGUUUUAAUUUCAAAUGUUUCUGUUUCAAGGAAGGAUGAAUCAGUUUUACUGAAAAAUGUGAUCAUUUUUAUUUAAAAUGGUUUUUAACAUUAUGAGAAACUUUUCAGACUCUUAA